GAGGCGGGGCGAGAGGCGCGUCAGUCUCCGGAGUCGCCGCGGGCGCUGCGGAGCGCGUCCUUGGCGCCGCACCAUGGUCAGGCUGACUUCUGCGCUCUGCAAGGUCUACCGCGGGGGCCACCUAACCAUCCGCCUGGCCCUGGGCGGCUGCACCAACCGGCCCUUCUACCGCAUCGUGGCUGCGCACAACAAGUGCCCUCGGGACGGCCGUUUCGUGGAGCAGCUGGGCUCCUACGACCCGCUGCCCAACACGCACGGGGAGAAGCUCGUCGCCCUCAACCUGGAGCGGAUCCGGCACUGGAUCGGCUGUGGGGCGCACCUCUCCAAGCCGGUGGAGAAACUGCUGGGUAACACGCCUCUGGGCCCGCCAGACAGGUCUUGCCGGCUUUUUCCCUUUGCAUCCAAUGAUGAUCACCAAUGCAGAGAGACUGCGACGGAAACGGGCCCAUGAACUCCUCCUCGCGUCUCAGAAAACAGACACAGAGACUGGGGAAACAAAGGCCAGCUGACCUCAGGAGAGCCCAGGAACAGGGCCACGGUCCGGAAAACAUUUGUGCAGAGCUCUAGAGGUUUUUUUUUUAAGAUCUAGAGAUCAAUAAAUGGAGUUUUCUAAGUUA